AUGACAUUGGGAACGGGCUUUGUGUGUCCUAGUGUCCACGGUGCGGAGCGGGUGUCGGUCCAGUAUGGACGGGGUUUGCUGGUCGGGACAACUUGCCGGCUGUGGCAAGGGCACUGGCGUGGGAUCGGUCAAAGAGCUCGUUUCAAUUCAAACAAACUUUCGGACUUAAGGGACUUGGGACGUUUUCGGAGACGUUUUUUCGAUGAAUUUGGGACACCGCAACGAAGAACACUCGUAGCGAGCGCGACAGACAAGUCACCAGUGGUGCGUGUCGGUUGGGUGUACUCUCGCGGUGGGCAGACUCCACGUGCCUGGCUUGGUGUUCUUGCACUUUUUCUUGGAGAUCGUGGCUUUCGCUGGUUAUUCAGCGUACUGAGGAUUCGCUUCCCAAGUUCUUUAGCGGGAAUGUUGUUUCUGUUUCUGCUGUUACUUUUGACGGAGAACAGAGCGUGGCCAACUGGUUUGCCGCCAUCGCCGAACCAAGUCGCAGCAGCGUCUGUCGAACCCGAACGCCUCUCCAUUGCAGACAACAUCGUCCUCCUAGUCUCGCCUGGGCUCGGACUGGUCACCCGAUGGUUGGCGAUCUUCUUCGUGCCUAACUUGAUCAUGCUGCCUCAUGCUGAUGCGCCACAUGGGUCCGCGCUACUUCGGCUUGUGCUCGCACUAUGCGUCGGUCUUAUCUUUAGUCUGGUAAGCUCCCUCAUCUUUGUAUCGAUACUUGCGUGGGUGUCAGAUCAGAGGCGCGGAGCCACGAAGAAUCGACGACCCACACACGACCAGCCCUUGGUAGAGAAAGUGCAGGACGGGAACACGAGACCGGAACGAUCCUCCAAACUUUCUCGUCCAGAAUCUCCUGGUCUGCGUACGGGGAAUCCUGCCUCAAGCGGACCACGCUUUGCUUUAAUCGGCUUGUGGGGUCUCGUCUGGAUCGUCUCAGCUGUAUGCUGGAUUACGGGAGCGGGUGCGAGCGCCGACUUUCGAGCGCUUGCGCUUUGGUUGCAUCAGCUUUCUUCGACGGUUGUCGGGUUCAGCUUGGGUCAACGCUUGCCGUCAAGAUUUCAAAAAGUUCUACACCCGCUGGUGAGCUGCGUCGUUUUUACAUACUUUUCGCUGUGGAUGCUUGCGUGCGGUACCGGAAGCGCAUGGAGCGAGCUCUUGCUUCUGUACAUGCGUCGACCCGGGAAGAAAUGGCCACCGGCGGUGACCGGCAAUCUCAGCGCGAUUGCACGAAGCACUGUUUUUGCGCUAGGUGGCCCAGGGAAUCUGCUCUUGAGCUUCCUGGGGCCUGCCGUGCUCUCAUUCGCCUUCCAAAUGUACCAGAGGCGGACGAUCAUUCGAGCGAACGGAAUCCAAGUGAUAGGCGGCUGCCUGAUGGCGGCCUUUUUCGGGAUGCUGGGCUCUGCAGCGCUUGCUCGUCUAUUCUGUUUGCCGGCAUCGUUGCGCUUGGUCUUUGCCCCGCGUUCGAUUACAGCACCGUUAGCGAUAGGCAUCGCAGACAUUCUGGAGACAGAUGCCACAUUGACGGCCACCGUUGUAGUCAUUACAGGCCUUCUUGGCGCUAAUUUUGGGAGGCUCUGUCUCGAUAUUUUACGUCCCGUGUUACCGAGUGCUUCAUCACCAGUCGCUCGUGGGCUUGCAAUGGGCGCGUCUGCCCAUGGCCUCGGAACGGCUGCCAUUAGCGAGGAGCCGGAUGCUUUUCCGUUUUCGGCCAUUGCAAUGGCCUUGGUCGGUACGCUUAGCGCGUUGAUGGUGACGCUACCACCUUUUAGAGCGCUUCUGAGCAUGGUUGCGGGCACGACUCUAGGCCGCUAG